GGGGUUAAAGCAAGCAAGGAAAAGAACGAGAGGAAGAAGGGGAAAAAAGUUGGCUGUUUGUAAGCGCGCCAUUAGUUGCAAGAGGGCAUGGAGCCAAACAGAAAGUUUGUUUCGCCAUUAAUGGCCUCUCAGCCCUUCUGGAACCCAUAGGUAUACCCAGCAAAACAGCACACACACACACAGACAUAGAUCAUUAGAGACGAAGAAGGGAGAGACUGCAGAGAGAGAGGGGAAGAACUGGUAGUAGUUCGUUCGUCGAACACUAGCUAGCUAGGGUCCAAGGCGCCAUCACGAAGGUAGAUAGAUAGACAGAUAGAUCGAGGUCAUAUAUGCUGCACACCGGGUGCCGCCCGGCCGGCCUUGGGUAGUUUGCUGGUGAUAGCUAGAGAUAGAGGUGUGCCUUGGCAGCUAGCCCUCCUAGAGACAAACCGUAUUUAGGUCCCGGAGAUACACAUACGUAGACAGAGAUAGACAGACAGACAGAGAGAAAGGGGAAGAGGAGCUAGCGGCGCCUGCGUGUGUGCGUGUGUGGGCGUUGAAGAUGAUGAGUGCAGCAGGCAGCCAGAGCCAGCAGCAGGAGAUCAUCAGGCAGCAUCAGCAACAGCAGCAGGAGAUGGAGAUGAACAUCUCCUUUGGGAUGAGCAGCCAACACCACAGCCUGCAUCACCAUGCCCCUCCCUCCUCGUCUUCCUCCUCCUCCAUGCACGCCGCCGCUGCCGCGAGCUUCAUGAGCGCCAAGGAAGCAGCAGCUGCAUCAGGCGCGUAUGACCAGCUGGGGGACCUGGACCAGGCCUUGUUCAUGUACCUCGACCAUGGCCACGGCAGCCAGCACGCCUCCGCGCACCACCAGGAGCAACGGCAGACCCUCAACAUCUUCCCUUCCCAGCCGAUGCAUGUGGAGCCAUCACCAAAGGGGGAGAUUAGCCUAGCAGUCCUGUCGCCAGCACCGGUGGGAUCCAAGAUGCCUAGGUCAUCACCUGAUCAUCAUCAGCACCAGCACCAGCUGCAGCAGGCAGCCAUGGAGGAGUUAGCAGGGAGCAGGAGGCAGCAGGAGCAUCACCUAGCGGUACAACAACAGCACCAGCAACCUUUCGCUGCCGAGCCUGCAGGAGUCAGCAAGGAUGUGAAGCCGUUGGCCAAGAAGGACAAGAGGGGCUUAUCGACCAGUGAACGCGACCCAAAAACGCUGAGAAGGCUAGCCCAGAACAGGGAGGCGGCAAGGAAAAGCAGGCUCAGGAAGAAGGCUUACAUCCAGCAGCUCGAGUCCAGCAGGAUCAGGCUAGCUCAGAUCGAACAAGAACUGCACAGUGCAAGGGCUCAGGGAGUGUUCUUCCCUGGCAGCGGCCUCCUCACCGAGCAAGGUGUCACCGGAAAAGGGCUCGGCGGCAUCGAUGGCCUCAGCUCCGAGGCGGCGAUGUUCGACGUGGAGUACGGGCGUUGGCAGGAGGAGCACUACCGCGUGAUGUACGAGCUGCGGGCGGCGCUGCAGCAGCAGCUGCCGGAGGGGGAGCUGCAGAUGUACGUGGAGAACUGCCUGGCGCACCACGACGAGGUGGUGGCCAUCAAGGACGCCGUCAUCAAGGGCGACGUCUUCCACCUCACCUCCGGCGUCUGGAGGAGCCCCGCCGAGAGAUGCUUCCUCUGGCUCGGCGGAUUCCGCCCCUCUGAGGUCAUCAAGAUGGUGCUGGGGCACGUGGAGCCGCUGGCGGAGCAGCAGAUCGUGGCGGUGUACGGGCUGCAGCAGUCGGCGGCGGAGACGGAGGAGGCGCUGAGCCAGGGGCUGGACGCGCUCUACCAGUCGCUCUCCGACACCGUCGUCUCCGACGCGCUCAGCUGCCCGCCCGCCAACGUCGCCAACUACAUGGGACAGAUGCACGUCGCCAUGAACAAACUCUCCACACUCGAGGGCUUCGUCCGACAGGCUGAGAACCUCCGGCAGCAGACGCUGCACCGGCUGCACCAGGUUCUGACGACGCGGCAGAUGGCGCGGUCGCUGCUGGCCGUGUCCGACUACUUCCACCGCCUCCGCACGCUCAGCUCGCUCUGGGUCACCCGCCCCAGGCCGCCGCCUCAGGAUCACCAGCAGCCCGGCGACGGAGCCGGAGCCGGCGGCACCCCCCACAGCAGCUAAUUAACUCAUCCAUCAAGCUGACGAUCGAUCACCAUGCAUGCAAUUGCAUGCCUGCAUGUCGUGUUAAUUCGCAAGGAUUUCACAUAAUGUAGUAACAUGCGGGCGCCGUGCAUGCUUGCAUGUGCAUGCGUGUUCGUGAUGGUCAGUUAGCUAGUUAAAAGAGGAACAGAGACGCCUAAGUGCAAGCUUAGCUAGUUGCUAGUGGAGAGAGGUCAGGAGAGGGAUCAGGAGGGGAACGACUGAAAAUAUCAAAGAAUGUUUCUACCGUCUGUUGGUUUAAUUAAUCAGUAGCUAGGCAGAGUAUGACAUCGAUCGUGGAUCUUAAUUAGCUUAGUAGUGUUAUCUAAAGUUACCUCCGGAUGCAGAUGGCUAUGUGAGUCGGCUCUUGAGAUGCAGCUAGCGUUUUCUCUCGUCAA